AUGUCAGAGAAGUCGGCACGCACGCCUGCGUCGGUGGCCUGGCGUGCUAAAACGCCAAUGCCCACGCAACAGUCCAGCACGGUCCGCAAGACAGUUUCCAUGCGAGUGGAACACAGCUGGAAACGUGUUUGCCCUGACGGUGAUAAGGUCGCCAGAAGUACCGUCCAUCCGGAAGCUCACGUGGAGGUAUGCCAAGCAUUCGGUUCCACGGCAAGUGUCGAAGCCUUUAAGAGCAUAUUCCUUUCAUUAUUGGGUCAAAGCGAAUUUCUCCACGAGCUGCCACGUCCUGUCUUUGUUGUUCUCGGCCGGUGUCAAAGCCACAGUUGUACGCCCGACCAGGAUAACAAGGAUAGAGGGCCAUACAACCGCAAUGGAUCCGGCGACAUCUCAACAUGCUUCCCAAUGCUGCAUUCUCCAUCUGAACAUCCUCGAGCCAUACUCGGUGAUGGUUUCUGCCAAAGGAAGCCGGAUGCAUAUCAGUACUGCAGUACUAGAGCAGUUUACGUCAGAGAAAGGAAUCAUAUUCUUCAUUCGCCACAGAGGGCUGUAUCCCCGUUACAAGAUUACCUUGCAGCCGGAACGGACAGCGUAAAUGGUUUCCGUGGGGACUACAUCGUUUUGACGCCCAAUUUUAUCAAUACUAUUAAAGGCAUUGAGAUUGUGGAGAAAACAUAUGGCUUAUUUUGA